AGGAAAUAAGCUUUAAUAUCUUUGAUAUUCUGUUUAAUCAGAGUCUUACCUAUGUCAAAUUUUUGCUAUUACCUGUCAAUGUUGGGCCUAAUCGCCCACCAGUUACUUGAACCUGUGACAAUUUUUCGAUUACAUAUGCUGCCUUCCAUUAUGUCACUUGUAUUGUUGAUACAAUUUGUUUCACAACAUUACAAAAUCACAGUUACAUAAGAAGAGGUAAUGUUUGUUUCGUUUCUCAAGUCCCACCCUCAAAAUAAUAAAUUAGGAACCUUGAUCCUCGAGAUUGUCAUCUCACAUUACAUCCUGCCUUCAAGAACUGAGCCAUGAGCUCCCUGAUCGGAAUUCUCAGCCUCCUCUCGGCUCUUGCAGCGACAAGUUACACUCUUUUGUGUACAUAUUGUAUUUCUAAUGAAACGACAUGCUCCGGUACCAUGCUCAGCAUGACCUGUUAUUCAGGACUUCAGUGUGCAUCUACAUACACAGAAACAACUAUUGAUCAAACAAUAAGUUCUAACCCCAAUGGACUGGUCUGCCGAUCCUGCAUCUCCGCUGACUCUACCUCCUGUUACACCAAUGAUACAGUACAAUGCACUGGGGAUGAGAAUAGGUGUCUUUUCCAGACAACUAAAGUGUCAGGAUCAGUGUCAGCUUCAACAGCCUUUCGAGGGUGCGCAACAAAGUCCAUCUGUGACAUCGGCAGCGAGUCCGCAAGCAUUAACGAAAUGAUACGUUAUGUUAACUAUACCUGCACCAGCGGUGGCCUUAGUGUCCAUAACAUCGUCCUGGCUCCGGCCAUUGUGUGUCUUCUACUGCUGAAACUGUUCUUCUAACAGAGGUUAAGGAUCUUUGGAUGAAUGAAGACAAUGGAAGCAAAAAAUGUGUUCAGCAUAAAAUAUUUUAAACCUUGGCUAGAAAAUAUCAAUGUGCACAAGUAAUUGAAAAAUUGUCUUCUGCAUCUACUGUGCUUCAUUUUGUUGUAAGUUUACUUUAGUUUUACAAACCAAAUCCAUUGAUAUUUCAAUAAUGUUUUUGAAUAAACUAAUAAGUUACAAACAAAGAUUUCCUCAGCAAUAAUUAAGUAAAUGUAAUGAGUAGAGUUGAGCGAACCCGAACUGUAAAGUUCGGGUUCAUACCGAACGUUAGGUUUUUUGGCACCCGGACCCGAACAUUUACGUAGAAGUUCGGUGUUCG